AGCAGGGCAGGGGAAGGGAGGACUGACGACGAGGGAAAGUGGGGAGAGAGGAAGAACUCGUGGCCUGCCUGACCUACUACCAUAUAUUUUCAUGCGAAGAAACUGCACGAUCAAGAACCUCUGUUUUUGGUCCCCCAAAACGACUCUGGCCCGGGCCUCACUCAGUCCGCGGUCUUGAGUUGGGUAGCAGGGUGAUUGAAGCACGUCUAUCGGUGUCACAGCGCGUCUUUUCCACCAAGGAGGCAGUCAUGGGCGACAGCAGAGAUUCCCGCAGCCCAGACAGCUCCUCCGUGUCCUCCCCUCCCUCGGGCCUGCACUCACCCCCCCUGACCCCCACAGCUGCCGCCAUGACGUCUCUGCCGCCCUUCAUCUCGGACGUCAACAGCCCCACCAGCAGCAUGGGCUCGCCCUUCUCUGUCAUCAGCUCCUCUUUGGGGUCGCCAUGCCUGCCCGGGACACCCUCGGUGGGCUACGGCCCCAUUAGCAGCCCCCAGAUCAACUCCACAGUGUCCAUGUCGGGGCUGCACGCGGUCAGCAGCUCGGACGACGUGAAGCCUCCGUUCGGGCUGGGGGGCCACAGCCCAGGGGGCCCCAUGCUCUCCCAGAAGCGCCUGUGUGCCAUCUGCGGCGACCGCUCCUCCGGUAAGCACUACGGAGUGUACAGCUGCGAAGGCUGCAAGGGUUUCUUCAAGCGCACGGUGCGUAAGGACCUGAGCUACACCUGCCGGGACAACAAGGACUGCCUGGUGGACAAGCGCCAGCGCAACCGCUGCCAGUACUGCCGCUACCAGAAGUGCCUGGCCUGUGGCAUGAAGAGGGAAGUGGUCCAAGAUGAACGACAGAGAUCCGUGCAGGAAGAGCGCCAGAGGAACAAGGAGCGGGAGAGUGAGGCGGAGUCGACCAGCGCCGUCAACGAGGAGAUGCCCGUGGAAAAGAUCCUGGAGGCCGAGAUGGCCGUAGAGCAGAAGACCGAGGUUCAUGCCGACGGGACCUCCGAGGGCAGCUCGGUAAAUCCCAACGACCCGGUCACCAACAUUUGCCAGGCUGCAGACAAGCAGCUGUUUACCCUGGUGGAGUGGGCCAAGAGGGUCCCCCACUUCUCUGAGCUGGCCCUGGAUGACCAGGUCAUCCUGCUACGCGCCGGUUGGAACGAGCUGCUGAUUGCCUCCUUCUCUCACCGCUCCAUCAGCGUGAAAGAUGGCAUCCUACUGGCCACCGGCCUGCAUGUGCACAGGAACAGCGCCCACAGCGCUGGCGUUGGAGCCAUCUUCGACAGGGAGAGUGCGCACAAUGCAGAGGUUGGGGCCAUAUUUGACAGAGUUCUCACUGAGCUAGUCAGUAAGAUGAGAGACAUGCAGAUGGACAAGACCGAGCUCGGGUGCCUCCGAGCCAUCAUCCUCUUCAACCCGGAUGCCAAGGGCCUGUCCAGCUCCAGUGAAGUGGAAUUGCUGAGGGAGAAGGUGUACGCAUCGCUAGAGUCUUAUUGUAAACAGAGAUACCCCGACCAGCAGGGCAGGUUCGCUAAGCUCCUCCUCCGGCUUCCAGCGCUACGCUCCAUUGGCCUGAAGUGCCUGGAGCACCUGUUCUUCUUCAAGCUGAUUGGUGACACCCCUAUCGACACAUUCCUCAUGGAGAUGCUGGAGGCGCCCCACCAGCUGACCUAGGAACCAGGUUCUGCUCUGGUCCAUCAGGGAUUCCAGUUCUGGCACCCUGGUUCUGGGACUUCACCAUGUCUGCUGGUUUUGACGUCCCACUCACACAAACCCCACAACCCCUUCUUCACUCAUUAAAUCCCCCCCAAGCUGAUACAGCUCUCCAAAAGACCAUAUGCUGUCAAAAACAAACACUUUUUCCAACACGCACACAGAAACACAUACUUUUUUUCACAGUAGGUUAAGACACAUGGAAAUAUCUCAUUUUUAACCACAAGUUUUAUCAUGAGUUAGCAUUCAGUUUGUAGCCUUCAGCUUUGUGUGUAAACGCUUCUGCGAUAUCCGGUAGACCUCUUAGCUUCUUGUGGGGUUCGUAGGUUAUUCAGAUUCAUUGCUGUAUGCAUAGAUAUGACGAGUGGCUUACUCCCCCUUUGGUUUUACUCUUGGGUUUACCCCAAACCCAUCGUAAUCAGGUGUGUAAUAUUUCAAUCAAGUCUCCCAACUUUUCCAGCUUGUAUUGGUCGGGACACAACCAACGGAGGCAGACGCGCCCCUCUCAGUUCACCAACCCGAAUGUGAUUUGAAUACUAUGCUUUAUUCACGCAGAAAUGCGCUGAAUUUGUUUUGAAGUACUGUACUCAUAAAAUGAGACCUUUUUAAGGCAUUGAAAUCCAAGGGGGGGGGACUUUGUUUGGCCCUUCUUAAAGCUCACACCAGGUUUUCAAAGAAAUCAAGUGACUUAUAGGAUGUUUUCUUUUCUUUCUUUGUGGUGUUUGGUCUUCAAGUCCAAACAAGGGCCAUUGGGCACAGAAAGUGCAACCUUGUUCAAGAGCACUGCGUUCGUUGGUGCUGUUGUAGAUCUUUCUUUUGUUUCAUGCCCUAUCCUUGCUAAUGGUCAUUUUUGCACUCUGAAACGUUACUGUGUAAGGUGUAAGUAAACAUUUAGCAGAAAUCCUUCUGCCCAUCUUUAAGAAACUGGGGGCGAUCACAACACACGCGUCAUCGAACGAACCGCUCCCCAUCUUUCAUCAUAUGUCUUCUUAAGAACCGAUAUGUUAAUGGGGGUGCUUCAUUCUGUGAAAUGGCCGUCCGUUCUAAGAAAGCCAGGAUAUCAUUGGAUAUCUUGUUCUAUUGGCCUACAAUACCCCUACAAACCCCCCUUCUGAAUCCUCCGCUUGUUUCGUUCAGUGCUUGCAGCCUCUUUCCGUUAACUUUUUACAAUCUGUAAAUAAGAUGACACAUCUACUCCUUCACUAGAGUACGAUUGGGCGAUCCCAGUCGAUGCAUAGAGUAGGGAAGACACAGGCGUUAGCGAGCAUAUUAAUACCCACACACAACAAAAAGUAUGCACCGAUAGCACUAGCUACAGUAUGAACAGCUAUUGUACACAUUCAACAUGUACUGUAAAAAAAACUUUAAGGGUUUUACCAAUAGACUGGAUUUUAAGCUUGAAAAACCCACCUAAUUGUCACUGACUAGAAGGUUGCUAGUAGUUGUACUAGUAGUUGUGAUGGUAUUCUUUCGGGCAACUGUCAGCAGUGUCACGGGCAGGGCGAUAGACCCCGCCCCCUUAGGCUGACCAGCCUCAGACGAUACUUCCUGUUUAUCGUGGAGCUGAUUGGCAGGCUUCAGCGGAUGUAAUGUGUGGUCUGCUUACACAAAGCUAUGCACCAGGGGCUGAUUCAGCUCCCCAUAACAGAAAUGGAUGUCAACACAUUAGAUACAAACAAAGCAUCAUUACACACAACAUAAGCAAUAUCGGUGGAUGCAUAAAGAAUGAGACCAUAUACAGUGGCUUGCGAAAGUAUUCACCCCCCUUGGCAUUUUUCCUAUUUUGUUGCCUUACAACCUGGAAUUAAAAUAGAUUUUUGGGGGGUUUGUAUCAUUUGAUUUACUUACACAACAUGCCUACCACUUUGAAGAUGCAAAAUAUGUUUUCUUGUGAAACAAACAAGAAAUAAGACAAAAAAACAGAAAGCUUGAGCGUGCAUAACUAUUCAACCCUCAAAGUCAAUACUUUGUAAAGCCACCUUUCGCAGCAAUUACAGCUGCAAGUCUCUUGGGGUAUGUCUCUAUAAGCUUGGCACAUCUAGCCCCUGGGAUUUUUGCCCAUUCUUCAAGGCAAAACUGCUCCAGCUCCUUCAAGUUGGAUGGGUUCCACUGGUGUAGAGCAAUAUUUAAGUCAUACCACAGAUUCUCAAUUGAACUGAGGUCUGAGCUUUGACUAGGCCAUUCCAAGACAUUUAAAUGUUUCCCCUUAAACCACUCAAGUGUUGCUUUAGCAGUAUGCUUAGGGUCAUUGCCCUGCUGGAAGGUGAACCUCUGAAACAGGUUUCCCUCAAGAAUUUCCCUUUUUUUAGCACCACCCGUCAUUCCUUCACUUCUGACCAGUUUCCCAGUCCCUGCUGAUGAAAAACAUCCCCACAGCAUGAUGCUGCCACCAGCAUGCAUCACUGUGGGGAUGUUGUUCUCGGGGUGAUGAGAGGUGUUGGGUUUGCGCCAGACGUAGCAUUUUCCUUGAUGGCCAAAAAGCACAAUUUUAGUCUCAUCUGACCAGAGUACCCUCUUCCAUAUGUUUGGGGGGUUUCCCACCUGCCUUUUGGAGAACACCAAACGUGUUUUCUUAUUUUUUUCUUUAAGCAAUGGCUUUUUUAUGGUCACUCCGUAAAGCCCAGCUCUGUGUACGGCUUAAAGUGGUCCUAUGGACAGAUACUCCAAUCUCCGCUGUGGAGCUUUGCAGCUCCUUCAGGGUUGUCUUUGGUCGCUUUGUUUCCUCUCUGGUUAAUGCCCUCCUUGCCUGGUCCAUGGGUUUUGGUGGGCGGCCCUCUCUUGGCAGGUUUGUUGUAGUGCCAUAUUCUUUCCAUUUUUUAAUAAUGGAUUUAAUGGUGCUCAGUGGAAUGUUCAAAGUUCCAGAUAUGUUUUUAUAACCCAACCUUGAUCUGUACUUCUCCACAACUUUGUCCCUGACCUGUUUGGAGAGUUCCUUGGUCUUCAUGGUACUGCUUGCUUGGUGGUGCCCAUUUGCUUAGUGGUGCCCCUUGCUUAGUGGUGUUGCAGACUCUGGGGCCUUUCAGAACAGGUGUAUAUAUAUUGAGAUCAUGUGACAGAUCAUGUGACACUUAGAUUGCACACAGAUGGACUUUAUUUAACUAAUUAUGUGACUUCUGAAGGUAUUUGGUUGCACCAGAUCUUAUUUAGGGACUUCAUAGCAAAGGGGGUGAAUACAUAUGCACCCACCACUUUUUCGUUUAGAUUAUUAUUAUUUUUUUUAAGUAAUUUUUUUUAAAUUUCACUUCACCAAUUUGGACUAUUUUGUGUAUGUCCAUUACAUGAAAUCCAAAUAAAAUCCAUUUAAAUUACAGGUUGUAAUGCAAUAAAAUAGGAAAAACGCUAAGGGGGAUGAAUACUUUUGCAAGGCACUGUAGGUAUCCCUUUCCAUAUUGUGGCCAUAAAAAAAUGUAGAUGGGUGAUUUCUGGAGUAUAUUUAGAAAUUGGUAUUAUUUACUAUUCAGAAAUUAUGAUGAAGAAUAGAGGUUGGACAGAAGUUCAGCUGGGGCGGCAGGGUAGCCUAGUGGUUAGAGCGUUGGACUAGUAACCGGAAGGUUGCGAGUUCAAACCCCCGAGCUGACAAGGUACAAAUCUGUCGUUCUGCCCCUGAACAGGCAGUUAACCCACUGUUCCCAGGCCGUCAUUGAAAAUAAGAAUGUGUUCUUAACUGACUUGCCUGGUUAAAUUAAGGUAAAAUAAAAUUUAAAAAUGUCCUAAACUGGGUGCUACACGACUCAUAUGGUCUUACAAUUAUAGACAUUAUUGUUUACACCAGAGGAGGCUGGUGGGAGGAGCUAUAGGAGGAUGGGCUCAUUGUAAUGGCUGGUACGGAAUCAAUGGAACAGAGUCAAGCAUACUUAGUACCAUUGCAAUGAGCCUGUCCUCCUAUAGCACCUCCCACCAGCCUCCUCUUGUUUACACCAACGCAGACACACACACAAACACAAGGCUAAGAGUGUGCAAGUACACACACACACACACCCUCCACCGUUUUCCGUCUUGAAACCGAGGUCUACUUAAAAUUGGAUUCCCACUCUUUUCAGCCGAUCCCCUAGAUUUACUUGCUGUCAGCCCUUUCUGGCGAGAGGAACACCUCCCCCAUGUAAUAUAUGGAUAUGGAGGAUUAUACCUGUGUGUCCUACUCCAAGCCUGUGAACAGGCAAUAGGAGCACUGUAGACUAUUGACAUACCUGUUGGUUUAUGUAUGUCUAUACAUGUGAAAAUGCUCUGUUCCUCAGUGUCCAGAUUGUGGACGUACAGAGAAGAGGUGCGGUUGCUUGUUGUCGCAUCACGGUUUCAGAGUGGCACCUCAGGGUAGACUAUCUUAUGUGUGCAUCCCCAGUGUGAACCAUGAUCUUGUCACACCUCCACGAUGCUGGCAACAGCCCCCUUUCUGCAAUUCCCUCAUGUUUUUUUGGAGCUUCCUUAGUUGAAUGUGAAUGCCUUGCAUCUCCCAUUUCAUUAACACUAGAAAAUCCUGGCCUCGAGGGACCAAACGAGUCCAUUUUGACUCCCAACACUCUUAUGUCUAACAAGUACAUUUCAUAUAGGCUAUCGAAUAAAUAAUAUUUUGGUUGUGUUUAUGGAUGUCUUAGGUAACAUUAGAAUACGAAAAAAAUUAUAAUUUCAAAGAACAAAAUAGAAUUUGUAUUCGUUUAUGUUACUUGUAGGCUAUCUGUUGCCUAAUGUUCAAGUGUGGAGCUCACGGAACAGUGGUUCUUAUUGGGAACAGUGAUAUUUUGAAAUGGAGCUAAUUCUGGAUACUAUAUAGAAAUAAAAACAUCUUACCUGCAUAUGACUCUGUAGGAGGAUUUGAAAAAGUCACUUUUUGGCACUCUGAAAAAGACAUGUCCUCUUAAAACUGCUUAUAACACAUUCUGUUUGUGAUAUCGAAAUGAUAAAAUAAGUGUGUUCAACAGACUUAUUUAGGAAAAGUCAAGGACAGACUUUACAAAUGGCAGAGAUAUUUCAAUUUAAAAUUCAUAUUAAGUCAAAAGGGCUCACUUGCCUCUUCUAGUGCUAAAACAGUGCAUUUAAAGUGAAUCCCUUGCUGUGCUGUGUCUUGUCCCAUAAAAUGCCAUUUUGCUAUGAGCAGGGAUGUAUUUAGUACAGUACAGUAUACGUAUAACAGCUCUAUGCAAAUUCUACAGGUUUUAUAAGAUAAGAAUUUUCAAGUUGUUUGGCAGACAGUUUAUCAGAAGAUGGUCCCAAAGUAUUCUUUUUUUUUUAACAAAAAAAACAUGUAUUUUGAUAUGUCACUGUGUUGAUAAGUCGCGAUGUUGAUAUGUCACGAUGUUGACUGCGUACAAUGAAGCCUUGUUCUGGUUAUACCAGCAGGCUCGGGUCUGCUGCAGCAUGGAAUAGCAAGGCGCAAGCGAAGGGGUGAAAAUUGGCAAACACGUUUCCUGGCCCCUUCCUCUUCCCUUGCCAACGGAGUGCAAUGGUCAUUUGGUAUUACUUGAUGGCAGUGCGGCGGUGGUCGUCGCCCUUGGAGACAGACCGCCGGCGUGCGGCCCAAAGAUGCGUGUCCUUCGUGACCGCGUGCACUCAAGGCAGACGCCUGGACCUUUGAUUACGUUCAGUAUCUCCAACUUUUGAAAUCACUUGCUUUAAAUCAAAUUAAAACGCUUCUUUAUUAAAACUGAGGCUGUGAAGCUGUCAUGUAUUGGUAUGUAGCGGGGCGCAAUACAUAUUUACAUAGGCACCCUGGAGCAAAGGCCCUCUGCGAUGAUCUAAACACCCCAUGCGGUUGGCUGGUUUGCGCCACCCAUGUGAUGAUGCAACACUGCCAAACAGGUGCGAAGGCCAGCGUUGAUGCUGUGUCAUGCUGAGGGGUGUGCUUUGUCACAAAAAGGCCCCUUAUAAGAAGGAUGUCACAGCAAGGGGGAGGGCCAGUGGCCCCUAUGGUGCUAAUGCUGUACAUUGGUGGGUUUUUUUUUAAGGGCCGACCUUGCUUUGAUUGCCAAGAGGGCAGAGUUACAAGCUAGGAACGUGCACAGAUCAUUCGGCUAUUUGGAUCACGGUUCUAUCUUCCGUGUCCAGCGCAAACAGGAGUGUUUACGUUGAAAAAUAUGCGUUGGGGCACUGCAGCAAACCUUGGCUUCGGGCCGAAGAAAAAAAGAGGAGCCAAUGCAUGGACUCCAAAGGUGCGCGCUGAAAUCACGCCUCUGGAUAGUGUCCCAUUACAUGGAAUGAACUUGAGGGAAGGGCCAACUCAACAUGGUAGACGCCACUCUUUAUAGGAGGGAGGUCGUGCUCUCCAGUUGAAAGAAUGCUUUCAGAGUUGAAGUGCUUAGGGUGGGGCAUAUGGUGGGACACUUUGACUUGAUCAGAUGAUGGUUUGUUGGUCAAGAAAAGCUGUUUUUCUUUUUAAUUAGAUCUAGAGAUGUCCUGUCAUUGACUCCCACCACAAUACACUGCUUCUUUGUCUGUGUUUGACUCUUUCCCAUGACCAGGCUGUUCAUCUUUCUGUAUUCAGGAGUAUUAAACAAAUGCAAAAACUUA